AUGUCUUCCUUGGACGAGCUCCUCAAAAUCGCAAACCCAGUUCGCGCGCACGCCUUGAAAACCUUCGAUGUGACGGCGCAUCCAGACGAGGUACUCCAAAUCCCCUCGCGAGAAGAAGGACGCUUCAUUCGCAUUCAUGCCUACAACACACCCCAUAGGGAUACCCCGACCCCAGUCCUCGUCAACUUCCAUGGUAGUGGAUUCGUGAACCCUUUGCAUGGAAGUGACGAUGAGUUUUGUAAAUUCAUUGUCGAGAAAACUGGAUUCGUGGUUCUGGACUGCGCCUAUCGACUCGCACCAGAACAUAAGUUUCCGGCUGCAGUGCACGAUGCCGAAGAUGCCGUUCGAUGGGUUCUUUCACAUCCAGAGAAGUUCGACGCUUCCCAUCUGUCGAUCUCGGGCUUCAGUGCAGGGGGGAUCCUGUCUCUGGUUCUCAGCUCGGUGAUCUUCCCACGGGGCACAUUCAAAAAUGUGUUUGCCGCCUAUCCUCCAACAGAUAUGGUCCAAAGCUCCGCGGACAAGACUGCCCCUGAUACAUCCAUAGAUAGUGCUCCCGUCGAGCUCCUGGAUACGUUCAUACGAUGCUAUUAUCCAAACCCCGAAGACGUGAAGAGCGUCCUUGCUUCACCAUCCGUGAUCCCAGCUGAAAUGUUCUCCGAUAGGAUUUUUCUUGUUACUGCGGCUUGUGAUCGCCUCUGUCUUGAGGCAGAGGCGCUUGGAAACAGGAUCAAAGAUACGACACCCAAGCAUAUCAAGAUGCACAGGUAUGAGGGCUGCGGGCACGCUUUUGACAAAGCUUAUGAGGUAGGAUCGGUCCAGGAACGAGCGAAAAAUGACCUCUACCAAAAGGCGGCCGUAUUCCUAACCGAGUAA